CCUCCCUCAACGUCCGACUUCCAAGUGGAGCGAUCACCGAAAAACAAAACCUCGCCACGAGGACCGUACACUAGAAGCGGUGCUAAACUAUUUGACGAAAUCCUUACCCAGAUCGUCUGCUUACACCAUAUGAUGUCACUCGCAUUAUUCGUGUCAACCUUGAGAGGUAUUUCGCAAGAGUGAGCGCCGUUGAGGUGCAGCGGCGUUUAGUAUGUCGCCUGCUCAGUAAGGGAUCGUUCUGACGACAUUCUGGAACCCCCGAGACCAUCGUCAUUCUUUGAAAUCCAAAUGGCGACGGUUUCGGCCAUCCAGUUGGGGUUGACCGGGCUCCUUUGUAGGUAUAAAGUGAGGUAGAUUCGUCGCAGAAGUUUGAGGUUAUUGGGCAUGAUCGACAACAAAAUUGAAAACCAUCUCGGCACAGCAUCUUUUCAUCCAAACGGAGAAGAUUGAUAACCUCCCUUACCAGCACUCCAUUCUCACCUUACACCAAACUUCUGAGGCAAAGCAUUCACAAUGGCGUCAAACCAAACCCUUCUCGUCACAGGCGCCAACGGCUACAUCGGCACCCAUGUCGUCGGCCUCGCUCUCGAACGCGGGUACAACGUCCGCGCAACGGCCCGCUCCGAGUCUUCAAUCAAUAACCUUCGUUCCCUUUUCCCAGAAUCUUCCCACCGACUCUCCUUCGCUAUCGUCCCAGACAUCACCAAGCAUGAAUCCUACCAAGACGCACUUGCUGGCGUGACGGGCAUCAUCCACACCGCAUCCCCCUUUAUCCUCAACCCUAAGAACAACGAGACGGACCUCCUGCAGCCUGCCAUUAACGGCUCGCUUGCCAUCCUCGAAGCCGCGAGGCUAUACGGUUCCGAGGUGAAGCGCAUCGUCAACGUUUCGUCGUUUGCGUCUAUCGUCGACUUGGCCAAGGGAUACCGCCCGGGCCACACCUACACCGAGGACGACUGGAACCCGAUGAGCUACGAAGAGGCGUCCAAGACGGACAGCGGCGCUGCGGCGUACUGCGCCUCUAAGGCACUCGCGGAGAAGGCCAUGUGGCGCUGGAUGGGUGAGAACACGGCCGUGGCGUUCACUCUGGCCAACAUCUGCCCGCCGUGGGUGUUCGGCCCGUACCUCGGCACUCCCGACCUUGGCCGCCUGAGCGAGUCGAUGGGGCUUCUCUGGAAGCUGGUUGACGCAAAGGAGGUCCCGCCGACGGACUUUGGCGGCUACGCUGACGUGCGGGACGUCGCACGAGCGCUGGUCGGCGCGGUCGAGACGCCGGCAGCUGGAGGCGAGCGGUUCCUCGUCGGCGGAGGAUUCGACUGGCAGACUGCGGCGGAUCUCGUCCGCGAGGAGGUUCCGGAGGCGAAUACCAGGGUCCCAGAGGGACGUCCGGGGUACGGGAGGACAGAAGAGCGGUACGCUGUUGACGGGAGCAAGGCGGAGCGGGUGCUGGGGCUGAAGUAUACGCCCCUGAACGCUACUUUGAGGGACUCCAUUCAGCAGUUGAUCGCGGUGGAGAAGGCUUCCAAGUCUGCUUGAGUUCACGUAUUGGCAUUUUACAUUUGGUCCCUGGUUUUCGAAAGCGAUGCAGCGUAGAAUAUAGACAUAGUGCGAACAU